GCAGCAACAAGUAUGGCAGAAAAUGUCCUUUAUGCUGACCUGAACUUGCCUGAACCAACUAGACCCAGAAUCCUAAUGCUCCCUGAUGUCCAAGGCUCAGGUUGUACCUAUGCAGAAGUGAAAGUGAAAGCCCAAGACCCAAAUGCUGCAGCAAACUGCAAAUCAGCAGGUAAAAGCCAUUGUUCCAGAAAACAUGUCGCUAUAUUGGUGGUGAUAAUCCUCAUACUGGUCCUGGCAGUAUAUUUAGUAAUCACAUAUGGUCCAACUGCAAACAGCCAACAGGACUUAACAACAACCAUCCCUGAAGAGGCACUAGGCUGCCCCCCACCAUGGAAAAAACAUGGGAGAAAAUGCUACUUCUUUUCUCCAGAGGUGAAACCAAAGGACUGGAAUGCCUCCCGUGCAGAAUGCACUGCCAUGGGCUCAGACCUGGUGGUCAUUGACAGCAGGGAAGAGCUGAGAUACCUGCACUCACUAUCAAGACAUAACUACUACUUACUUGGUCUCACAUACUCUCAAGAAGAGCAGAAGUGGAAGUGGAUCAACAACGUGGAACAUGACCCAGCCAUGUUCAGUCUAAGCAGAAAUUAUAAUGACUAUCACUGCACGGUCGUUGGAUUUGGUGAAGUACAUACUGAAAAUUGUGGUGGAUCCUCAACAACACAAAAUAUGUGCGAAAAAGCUGCAACAAUGACAAAAAGGCAUCAGAAGGAGAGCUAAAAACAAGAGGUCCAGGCUGAUAUGUUAUGCCCAGCUUCCUGUAGGAAUUGUGGAUGGGAUGUCUCAUUUCUCUAUAUCUGCCCAGUCUCUGCUCCCAGGCUCUCCUGCAGCCUCUCUCCAGACUCAGGGCUGAGCUCAGCUCACCCUUUCCCUGAUGGUGUCUGAGCCUGGGUGGAUCCCCUCUGGAAGAGCUGGCACUGGCACACAGGAGGAGUCUGGGAUUAAUUAUCUCAUGCCAGAGGUGGCACUCUCAGGCAGGCACUGCCAAGGGAGAGGAGUCCAGCCUGGGGACAGGGGUGAUCCCAAACAGAUCCUGACUCUGCAAGUCACAUCCAUCCACAGCCCCGUGUUCCCAGCCCUGCCUGGGCACAAGGAGACCCUUCCACCCCGGCCACAGCCUAGCCUUGCCUGCAGCCACAAGGGAAGGGCAGCACAGAUUUCUGGCUGGGAUCCUCUAGGGAAGGGCAACCCCGGAGCCUGCGAGGAGAUUGGGAAUCAGCCCAAGCGAAAGGAUCCUACAGCAGCACAGCUCUGGGCAUAAAAUCAGCUCCAGUCCUGUGUGGGGAAGGGAAGGAAUGUCAGAUCUGGGAUCUGCUGGGGAGGGCAUAGGAUGGAGACCAGCAGAAACUGCAAGGCCUGGAGAACAGAAUCCCAACAGCAGCUGAUCUGGGCAGAAAACAGGACAAUGAAACCCAUAGUGACCUGUGAAGGAGCUGGUGAGAAGCAUGAGAGUGACCCACACUCUCAUGCUUCUCACCAGCAACAUGGGAAUGGCAACAUGGUGCUCUGACCUCUUUUCACUGGAGAUUGAUCACAGAAGGAAAUGAUGCCUGAAGGCUUUUCCUGCUCAGAAAUGUUCAAGCCAACAGCAGAAAUAUCUGGCAUCAGGAAAACAGAGUUGUGUUAAGAAACAGGGAAUGUAACCAAAGCUCUGCCCAUGUUCUUUAGGGGCUCUUGGGAUCCUGGGCCUUGUGUGACUCCAAGAAUAUUUCUUCUUGCUGUGUCCUUUAGGCAGAAUCAUUGCUCCUUUAUUGGUGCUGUUCAAGGCUCUCUCCUUCAGCUGCAGGGUGGAGAAAGCUCUGUGAAGUCCUUGAAGAAGUGACACUGAUACUCUUGGAAAAAAUUGCUCAAUCAAAAAAUCCAUAUACAAAAAAUCCAAUGUUGUGGCCAUUGGAAGGGAAAAUGGAAUCCUACAGGAAAAACUGUCUCUUUCUAAACUGAAAGCACAUUUUGACAUCCCUCACAGCAGCCAUCCUCCUCACUGACUGCUCACAUCAAGAUGUUUUGGAAACGUAUUUGCAGUUCUUUCCCUGACUUUCCAUCCCCGUUGCGGUGUGUUGUCACGGUGUGCCUCAGUUCCCCUGGUUUCUCCCUGAAGUUUCCUUCCCCAGGUGGUGUGUCAAUCACCUCUCCUUUCCCCACCCUUGACCCCUGCUGGGCAUUGUCUAUCAGCCCAGCAAUUCCAAGGGGAGCGUCAAGUGAUUGGCAGGUUCAAAGGAUGCUCUCCACCCCCUGGGGGGCAUUGGCCCACCCAGGUGUCCCUCUCAUCUGAGACCCCCUCCUCCCCCUGUACCUGGUUGGCGGUCCCUGUGUUCCCUCCCCUCGCCCUCUCCCCGGCUAAAAAGGCAAGCACACCACGCUGUCGGGAGUUCUGUUGGAGUUGUUGCAGGGUUCAGAGGCCAUGCGGCCCAAAAUAAAAACCCUGGGUUAAAAACUCUC